UCAGUCAUAUUCCAGUCUUCGCGCUCGUUACGUGAAAUAUGAAAGUAAAAGUUUCCGCUUAUUAAUUGCAAGCAAUUUGAAUCGUUUUAAGAACAUCAUAAAAACUUAUAUAUAUAUAUAGAGAGAUAUACAUUAGUGACAUUGUUUAAAUUCUUGAUUGGAGUGUGCUCAACUCAAAGUAUAGCCAUAAAACGAUGACGGCCCACGGUGAGCCAGCAACCAGCGAUGAAAGCAACAGCAAUCCCGUUCAUCCGCCCGUAACUAGCGAUGUACCCUUGCCCAAUGGCAAUGGCAAUCACAAGAGCACCAUAGUCAUUGAGAAUCAACCCAAACGACGUGUCAGCAUUAUCUCGGAUCCACCCAUGAUCGCUGGCGGCGGUGUCAUCGGUGGCGGCUAUGACAAUAUUGCCUAUGAGCAAAAUCCGCGUCGAAAAAUUUCACAGUGCUCCCAACAUUCGCACACAGAAAUCGGUCCGGCGCGACGAAAAAGCAUACUCAAGGACACUCCCAUUCAUGAUAAUGAAAGCGAUCGAGCCUCAACACAUAGCUAUGACUAUAGAGGCAAUGCAUUGGAUAUUCUGAAUGCAAAAUACAAUGGUCAUCAGAUGGGUCAGAGUUCACAACAAGGCAGCAAUGGAGCCAACUAUGUGGAAGAGUCAUGGAUGUACACAUUCUGUCUGAAGUGUCGCGGCGAAGAGCCAUCAGCAUCAUGGGAACCACCAUUCUGGCAAAAAGUAUUCCCCUAUCCCUUGUGUCCUACCUUUAGGACUGUAUCACGUUUGAUUUCCCUAAUUCUUAUUGGUGUCCUAAUAUGGGUCACGGCCUUUGUGAUCAUUGGAGACUCAGCUGCCCCUGGUGGACAGCUUUUUGGUCUUGUUGUGCUGACUGUGGCAGCCAAUUUCGGUGGCUAUUUGAUAUCAUUGACCACAUUACCAAGAUUAAUUGGUAUGCUCAUGGUGGGCAUAUUAUUUCAGAACGUUGGCUGGGUGGAUCUCGAUGGUGAUUUCUCCAAAGUCACAGGACAUUUGCGUAAAUUUGCUUUAACCAUUAUCCUAACAAGAGCUGGUCUCGAAAUGGAGCCGAAAGCAUUUAAGAAAGUCUACAAGACAAUUCUAAAAUUGGGCAUUGUGCCAUGGAUAGUGGAGGCAAUGGUAAUGGCUGUUAUGUCGCAUUUUCUGCUGGACUUGCCAUGGAUUUGGGCCCUUUUGUUGGGUACCAUAAUAGCUGCUGUAUCGCCGGCAGUAGUGGUUCCUUGCCUGUUCCGUUUGAGGACCAAGGGAUAUGGUGUGGCCAAGGGUAUACCCACUCUGGUGGUGGCCGUUGCCGGUGUGGAUGAUGCUCUAUCGGUGGCCAUUUUUGGAAUUAUAAGCACUGUGAUGUUCUCGGACAAGGGACUCGGCUAUCAGAUUGCUCAGGCGCCAGUUUGCAUUAUUGGUGGAUUAGGUUUCGGUGUCGUCUGGGGCAUGUUAGCUCGCAUCUUUCCCGAAAAGGGCGAUGCUUUUGUGGUGCCGCUAAGGACCCUGCUACUUUUUACUGGUGGCUUGAUGGCCAUCUACGGCAGCGAGGAGGUUGGAUUCGAGGGAGCCGGCCCGUUGGCUGUGGUCUUUUCAGCUUUUGUGUCGAAUCUUUUCUGGUGCAAAGACGGCUGGGAUGUGGAGGAUAAUCCAGUGUCCACCGCCUUUGAGAUUUUCUGGAUGAUCUUUGAACCCAUUCUGUUUGGCAUCACGGGAGCCACCAUCAAAAUACGCGAGCUGGACUCGCAUACGGUUUCCAUUGGAGCCGCUUGCAUCUUCACAGGCUCUAUUCUUCGUAUUCUGACCACAGCCGGCAUCGCAUUCGGUGAUCGCUUGAAUGUCAAAGAGAAAUUCUUUGUGGGUCUCUCAUGGAUGGCCAAGGCCACAGUUCAGGCUGCUCUCGGACCAGUAGCCCUGAAGCAUCUCGACGAGAAUUCCACGGACGAAGAACGCAAUUAUGCCGCAAUUGUUCAGACAAUUUGCGUCUUUAGUAUUGUUCUCACUGCUCCAUUGGGUGCCAUUUUGAUAUCCGUGACGGGCACUAAAUUACUCACCAAGACGAAACAGCCACAGGAUCUGACCGGCUGGCGUCGCAGUCAUCGCCCGUCCAUUCGUGAUAUUAGCAUCAUUGACGAGGAAGAAGAACGUGAAGAUCCCGAAAUACCCGAAGAUAAGGAGACGCAGGAUAAUACGCAUAACAAUGCGCAUAUUCCUACCAUAUCCUAUUCCUACAAUAAGUAGUAAUAGAACAGGGGAAAUAAUGCUUACAACUUCCCCAACUUACUCCUAACCUGUUGAUCAGCCUGUUGUAUGUUGCAUAAAGAAAAUUUGUUAAUAUUUAGUUUUAUGGCGCAUUACAUUCCAAAAUAUAAUUUAAGUUAAAUUGACAACGUUUGAAGUUUUAAUUUUGAAACAAAAAAGGCAUCUAAUGCGAAUGGGAAACCAAUUUUGCUGCAUCUUCUUUUAUUUAAGAAGCUUUAAUAUAAAUAUAUAAGAUCUAGCC